CUAAUCUCAUCAUCAUCGGAUCUAAUCCUAUUCCCUUGUGUUGUGCCUCCAAAAGUCACGUGCGACGACGCGUUGUCACGUGUCGACACCGUGUUGGGCCUUUGUGUAUAAGAAUGCGUGUGGGUUUGGGUGUUAAGGUGUCGUUGGGUGUGAUCGGUGUGAGUCUAAUAUUUGCAGUGCUGAAAAUGUCGCAGUUGUUGGACAAAGCCAAAAACUAUGUUGCGGAGAAAGUCACGAACAUGCCCAAGCCCGAGGCGAGUGUCACCGACGUGGAUUUCAAGCGCGUGAGCCGCGACAGCGUCGAGUACUUGGCUAAGGUCUCUGUUUCCAACCCUUAUUCCACUCCCAUUCCCAUUUGUGAGAUCAAGUACUCCCUCAAAAGUGCUGGCAAGGAGAUAGCAUCAGGGACAAUACCUGACCCAGGGUCACUGAAGGCAAGUGACACAACAAUGCUGGAUGUGCCAGUGAAGGUGCCUCAUAGCAUAUUACUGAGCUUGGCAAAGGACAUUGGUGCAGAUUGGGACAUUGAUUACCAAUUGGAUCUUGAUCUAGUUAUUGACCUUCCUGUCAUUGGCAACUUCACCAUUCCUCUUUCUCAGAAGGGAGAGAUAAAGCUCCCAACCCUCUCUGACAUGUUUGCCUGAUUCCAACAAAAGACAUAGAAGAAAGAAAAUAAAUCAAUAAAUACACCCUCCAUCAUAUUUUCCUGUUGUAUCAAUUUGGAUUUUAGUUUUUGUUUUCACACUUCAUUAUGCCUUUUUUUCUUUCUUUCCUUUGUGGAUGCUUUAAAGUAUAAACUACACAUCAUAAUAUUUCAUAUAACAGACAUGGUUUUGGUA